GUAAGAAGGUGAUUUUUCAGUUGAGUUUGUGGCCUUCUAGUGACCAUCGUGACACAAUUGAAAACAACAAAAUGGCGCGAAUGCACGUGAAAUCAUCUGUAAGAAGUUAUGAAUCUUCAAGUACUUCUGUAAACGUUAAUCCAAAGGAAAAAAUCAAAGAUUGCUGCAGAAAACUCGUGGCAUUUAUGUGUACUCAAGUUGGAGUUGGUGGUUUAAUAGUCGGAUAUGCUAUUGUUGGAGCUAUUGGAUUCUCUAACAUUGAACUGCAAACAGAAUAUCCUCAUGUAGAGGAAAUGAAAGAACUAAGAAAAAAUUUUUCAGAAAAAUUAUGGUCAGCAACUGCAGCUGAUCGUAAUGUUAACAUACUUAAUAAAACAGCAUUUGAAAGACAAACCGAUGGUAUUUUGAAAGAUUUUCAACAAGACGUUGUUGAAGCUAUAAAAUAUAAAGGCUAUAACGGAAAAUCUGUUAAAGAUGUUUGGUCCCUUCCUGCUGCACUUAUGUUCUGUUUAUCUGUUUUUACGAUGAUCGGAUACGGAAAUACAGUACCCAGAACACCGUGGGGUAAGGGCGCAACAGUCGUCUACGCAAUUUUUGGAAUUCCUCUUUAUGUUUUAUACUUCCUGAAUAUGGGCAAAGUUCUUGCCCAUACGUUUAGAUGGUUAUAUCAAUGGUUCCAUGAAUGCACUGGUCGUAAAAAGCCUGGUCAACGAAUAAUAGUUCCAUCAACAGCCUGCUUGUGGGUUAUGUUUGGCUACAUACUCAUUGGUACAAUUUUAUUUGCUCAAUGGGAAAAGUGGGAUUAUCUAGACAGUGCUUAUUUUUGUGUUACAUCACUUUGUAAAAUUGGGAUGGGAGAUUUUGUUCCAGGAGCUGAUGUUGAAAUCAAAAAUGGCAAUGGUAGUCAUCUUAAAUUAGUUAUUAAUUUUGUUUAUUUGCUUCUUGGUCUAGGAUUAGUUGCCAUGUGUUAUAAUCUCAUGAGAGAAGAUGUUAAAGAAAAAUUGAGAGAACUAAAAGAAAAUAUUAUUGAUGCAUUUGAAGAUUUCAAAUUCAGAAUGGUCACCUGUUGUCGACCUAGCUCAGAAUGAUUUAUUUUUUAAUUUUGUUAUCUGUUGUAAAAAUUUAAAGACUGCAAUUCA